AUACCAAGGGGAUCAAGCGUCAAGUCAAGUCGUUCGGAACCGCUACAAAUUCCUUCCGAAGCACGCUUAACCGCUCUCUCUCUCUCUCCCCCCGUCUCUUUCUCCAUCGAAUCCCGGGAGAUUUUCCCCAGAAAAACAGCCCAGCCAUGGAGAAGGACGAUGUCGAUGUGAUUCUCGAGGAGCAGCGUGAAGAGGUCAUGGCCGCUAAAGCCCUGGCCUCCGACCUCGAUUUCGCCUUCAAUCUCCAAAUGCAGGAAGCCCUAGUCGCUUCUCGGUCACUCCACACUUCUGCCCCUCCUGCCUCUCCCACCGUGGACGACGUAGUCCCCCUCUCUUCCGGCGCCGCAGACGAGUUUGACUACACUGCUCUCAUUCUGGAAGACCUUGCUCGGCUCGAUCAGGAGAGGAGGGACCGGGAGUUCGGUGAGAGAGAGAUGAAGCGGCUGAAGGAGGAUCUCGACCGUCGGAUUCACGAUCAGAAGUUCGCUAGAGAGAUUAUGAGUGUUCCGGAGGGAGAGUGGCGCAAGUACGGCGACAACUACGAGAAGCCGUACGCUUUUGGGGCUUCCUCCUUCGCCGUCGCUUCCCCCUCCUCCGCCGUAUCUUCCUUCGCUGUCGCUUCCCCCUCCUGCGCCGUAGCUUCUUCCUCCUCCUCUGCCGUCACUUCCUCCUCGUUCGCGGCGAUCGGCAGCGAGAGUUUCCGGUUGUACUGUAAGGGUUUGGUAAGCGAAGAGAGAAUCGGGGAUAUGAGGGUGAUGGUGGGUGGUGUUGGUGUGGCGAUUUGUGAUUCGGCGGACAAUCUGAUUUGGGAAGUGAAGAAGGUUCUGGAAGCCGAGGAGUCGAAAAGCCCUGAAAUUGCAGAAAUGGAGGCUUUGGUCCAUGGAUUGAAUGAAGCAUUGAACUUUGAUUUGGGAAGGGUCACAAUCCUAUGUGAUGAUUUCAUGGUCUACCAAUACGUCACGGGCAGAGUUGAACCGAGGCAGAGCACCCUUGCAACUCUUUUAAACCAAGUGGCUCUUCUGCAAAGAAAGUUCUCAUAUUGUCAACCAUCUCACUUGGCAAGAAAGGAUAUUAAGUUUGUGUUCAAACUUGCACGAGAUGCAAUCGUGUCACAGAUCAAAUGGCCCGAAGAAACUAGUGAAGGCAAGACUUUCAAGGAAACUUGUGUGAUAUGUUAUGACGGGAUUAAGGUGGAGAGAAUGUUCUCGGUAGAUGGUUGCUUCCACCGCUUUUGCUUUCCCUGUAUGAAGCAGCAUGUUGAAGUGAAGUUACUGGAAGGAGGAACAGCAAACUGCCCGAGUGAAGGGUGCAAAUCAGAAGUAAAGAUUGAGAGUUGUGCAAAGUUUUUGGAUCCCAAACUGGUUGAUGUUAUGAGCCAACGAAAGAAGGAAGCUUCAAUUAAUCCUGCAGAUAAGAUAUACUGUCCAUACCCCAAAUGCUCCGCAUUGAUGGUCAAACACGAGGUCUUGGAAUAUACUAGGGCAUAUCUUGUUGGUGUUGAUCAAUCUGGAGCUAGAAAAUGCAUGAAAUGCGGGCUGUUUUUCUGCUUCAGUUGCAAGGUGCCAUGGCACUAUUACAUGACUUGCCAUGAUUACAGUAGGUCGCACGCGAAUCAGAAUGCGGGAGACGGGAUGCUGAAGUCUCUUGCUCGGAAAAAGCUAUGGCGGCAAUGUGCAAAGUGUAGUCAGAUGGUUGAACUUGCUUGGGGUUGUUACCACAUCACCUGCAGAUGCGGGUACGAGUUCUGCUACACCUGUGGGGCUGAAUGGAAGAACAAGAAAGCAACAUGUACGUGCCCUAUCUGGGACGAACGCAACAUAAUCCGCAACAACGGGAAUCCUAGAAGGUGAAAAUCAGCUCGAAAAGGUUAGGGGUUAAGACUGGAAAGUGGAAACUGUCCGAACAAAAAAAAAAAAAAACUGAUGUCUGGUUCGUUCUCUGUUUAACACUGCAUUUUCCUUUGCAUGAGUUUUCCACUUCUAUACAUAUGUUUGAAGAACUUCGGCUUUUUGGUACAAAAAUGGUAAAGUUGGUUUUUGGAUUGCAAUUUAAUUGCAUGGAAAUUCCUGUUCA